AUUUAUUUAUUUUUGUUUUAAGUGAACAUUACGUCGACAUGAUCAUGUGAUUCCCAUUUCUUUUCUCAUUUAAUGGUAAUACUAAUGACGAGAGCAUCAGUUUAUUAUGUCCAUUCAAACUUCUAAAAAUCCACACCCCUCCAAGCAAUGCCUUUCCAAGCAUAUUUCACCUAUGCAAUAUUUGCUUUUCCCCUCCUCUACUUUCUUCAAUGGAUUUCAAAAGGUAUCUUCAGAAAUAAGAGGACAGCACCUUUACCACCGCAAGCUGGCGGUGCAUGGCCUGUCAUCGGCCAUCUCCACCUCCUCGGAGGAUCACAACCAGCCCACAUAACCCUCGGCAACAUGGCGGACAAACACGGACCAAUCUUUACUAUCAAGCUAGGUGUACAUAAAGCAUUGGUGGUAAGCAAUGUGGAAAUUGUGAAAGAUUGCCUUACCACCAACGACAAAGUCUUUGCAAAUCGUCCCAAACUUAUUGCCUUGGAGCUGAUGAGCUACCACAACGCCAUGUUUGGAUUCGCCCCCUACGGCCCUUACUGGCGUCAAGUGCGCAAGAUUGCCACUCUUGAGCUCCUCUCGAGCCAUCGGUUGGAGAAACUCAAACACUUGCGACAAUUUGCCAUAAGGGAAUCUGUACAUAAUUUAUACCAGCUUUGGAGUAACAACAGCAGCAGAUCUGGCAAGGCUCUGGUGGAUAUGAAGAAAUGGUUCACAGAUGUUACCCUUAAUGUAAUUUUAAGGAUGAUAGUCGGAAAGAGAGUUUCAAAUUCAAGCGAGAGAUGGGAGAAGUUGUUGAAGGGCUUCUUGGAAUUUAGUGGUAAGUUUUUGAUAUCUGAUGCAUUUCCAUUUUUGAGAUGGUUGGACAUAGGUGGAGAUGAGAAGACCAUGAAAAAGAUAGCAAAAGAAUUAGAUCAAGUUAUUGCGGAAUGGUUAGAGGAGCACAAGAGCAAGAAAUCCAGUGAAGAAAAUAAAGAGAAAGAUUUCAUGGAUGUAAUGCUCUCAGCUCUCAAUGAUACAGAGAAGCAUGAUGCUGAUACCAUUAAUAAAGCCACAUGCCUGGCACUUAUUAUAGCAGGAUCCGAUACUAUGACAGUAACAUUGACAUGGGCCUUGUCUUUGCUACUCAACAACCGAGUUGUAAUGAAAAAGGUCCAAGAAGAAAUAGACAUCCAUGUUGGUAAAGAUAGGAAGUUGGAGGAAUCAGACAUAAGAAACCUGGCCUAUCUUCAAGCCAUCCUCAAGGAAACAAUGCGUUUAUAUCCAGCAGGACCUCUCUCAGUCCCACAUGAAUCCAUGGAAGACUGUACGGUGAGUGGAUACCAUAUUCCUGCAGGUACUAGACUUUUUAUCAAUAUUUAUAAAAUCCAUCAUGACCCAAAAGUAUGGUCAGAUCCUUAUGAAUUUCAACCGCAAAGAUUUUUGACAAGCCAUAAAAAUAUUGAUGUUAGAGGUCAGAAUUUCGAAUUGAUCCCAUUUAGUAGUGGGAGAAGAAUGUGCCCUGGUGUUACCUUAGCGCUUCAAGUUAUGCAGUUUGCGCUCGCUAAUUUGCUGCACUCGUUCGAGUUCUCGACCCCAUUUGAAGAAUCAAUUGAUAUGACCCAGGGAGUGGGGAUGACCAACCUUAAAGCUACACCGCUUGAAGUCCUUAUAACCCCACGCCUUUCACCUAGCGUCUAUAACCUUUGAUUGAGAUGUAACUGUUAAGUGAUGAAUUAUAUUGUUCGUUAUGGACUUCUUGUUCUUUUAGUGCUUGAAGAAGAAGAAACUAAGCUCUAUAUUUUAAGGUUUAAGGGAAAGUAGUUUCCAAUUAACUGCCCGGCCAAUUUGUAUUGAAAGUUGUAACUAAGCUUAGUUGUCGUUUCACUUCCCUUUUAGCUCCCCCCUUUGUGCUUUGUGACUUGUGAUUGUU